UGCUCCGGCUGGAAGGGCGGAGGGUGCAGGCGGCGCUGGCUGGGGACCGGCUAAGUGGCUUCGAGAGACCGUCCGGCGACGGCGACAGCGACAGCUCGCUCUCUUCCGCAUCCCGCCCUCGGCACGGCUCGCAGCCCUCUUGCCACACGCGUCCGGCAAUGUGUCCCACCGGCCGGGCGUAGCCGCUGCGCGUGCGCGGAACCGCGGGGCCAUGAGCGAAGCCGGUGGCGGCCGGGGCUGUGGAUCCGUGGUCCCCCAGCGAGCACCAUGGAGCCUGGUGGCGACGACGGCCGCGCUGUGCCUAGUGACGGCCACGUCCGUGUGGACGGCUGGGGCCGCACCCAUGAGUAGGGAGGAAAAACAGAAGCUUGGGAAUCAAGUACUGGAAAUGUUUGAUCAUGCUUACGGUAACUAUAUGGAACACGCCUACCCAGCCGAUGAACUCAUGCCUUUAACCUGCAGAGGUCGUGUCAGAGGCCAGGAGCCCAGUCGGGGUGAUGUGGAUGAUGCCCUGGGCAAGUUUUCCCUGACACUGAUCGAUUCUUUGGACACUCUUGUGGUAUUAAAUAAAACGAAAGAGUUCGAAGAUGCAGUAAGGAAAGUUUUAAGCGAUGUCAAUUUAGAUAAUGAUGUAGUCGUGUCGGUCUUUGAAACAAACAUCAGAGUUCUCGGGGGCCUUCUGGGGGGCCACUCGCUGGCCAUCAUGCUGAGAGAGAAGGGCGAGCACAUGCAGUGGUACAGCGAUGAACUCCUGCAGAUGGCCACGCAGCUGGGUUACAAACUCUUACCAGCCUUCAACACCACCAGUGGCCUGCCUUAUCCACGAAUUAACUUAAAGUUUGGCAUCAGGAAGCCAGAAGCCCGGACGGGGACGGAGACCGACACCUGCACGGCCUGUGCAGGCACCUUGAUCCUCGAGUUCGCGGCCCUGAGUCGGUUCACGGGAGCAGCGGUGUUCGAGGAAUAUGCAAGAAAAGCUCUCGAUUUUCUCUGGGAAAAAAGACAGCGAAGUAGUAAUUUAGUGGGUGUGACUAUAAAUAUUCAUACUGGAGACUGGGUACGAAAAGAUAGCGGAGUUGGAGCGGGCAUUGACUCCUAUUAUGAAUAUCUAUUGAAAGCCUAUGUCUUGCUUGGAGAUGACAGUUUUCUGGAAAGAUUUAAUACACACUACGACGCCAUCAUGCGGUACAUCAGCCAGCCCCCGCUCCUGCUGGACGUGCACAUCCACAAGCCGAUGCUGAACGCUCGCACCUGGAUGGAUGCUCUGCUCGCCUUCUUUCCAGGUCUGCAGGUCUUAAAGGGGGAUAUUAGACCUGCUAUUGAAACUCAUGAAAUGUUGUAUCAGGUGAUUAAAAAACACAAUUUUCUACCAGAGGCAUUUACCACAGAUUUCAGGGUACAUUGGGCUCAACAUCCUUUAAGACCAGAAUUUGCAGAAAGCACCUACUUCUUAUAUAAAGCUACAGGAGACCCUUACUACCUUGAAGUAGGGAAAACACUUAUUGAAAAUUUAAAUAAAUAUGCUAGAGUGCCUUGCGGAUUUGCUGCCAUGAAGGAUGUUCGUACUGGAAGUCAUGAGGACAGAAUGGAUUCUUUCUUCUUGGCUGAAAUGUUUAAAUAUCUUUACCUGCUAUUUGCGGAUAAAGAAGAUAUUAUUUUUGACAUAGAAGAUUAUAUAUUCACAACAGAAGCUCACCUUUUACCUCUUUGGCUCUCUACGACAAAUCAAAGCACCUCUAAGAAGAACACAACUUCAGAAUAUAUAGAACUGGAUGACAGCAAUUUUGAUUGGACUUGUCCAAAUACUCAGAUUCUCUUCCCUAACGACCCGCUGUACGCUCAGAGCAUUCGUGAGCCCUUGAAAAACGUGGUGGAUAAGAGCUGCCCCAGAGGCAUCAUCCGAGUCAGAGAGGAGAGUUUCAGGAGUGGAGCUAAACCCCCUCUGAGAGCCAGAGAUUUCAUGGCCACUAACCCCGAGCACUUAGAAAUCUUGAAGAAGAUGGGGGUGAGUCUGAUUCACCUGAAAGAUGGGAGAGUCCAGUUGGUUCAACAUGCAAUCCAAGCCGCUAGUUCCGUCGACGCGGAGGACGGCCUGCGGUUCAUGCAGGAGAUGAUCGAGCUGUCCAGCCAGCAGCAGAAGGAGCAGCAGCUGCCCCCGCGGGCCGUGCAGAUUGUGUCCCACCCGUUCUUCGGCCGCGUCGUGCUGACGGCCGGCCCCGCGCAGUUUGGGCUCGACCUGGCCAAACACAAGGAGACGCGAGGAUUUGUUGCAAGCAGCACACCGUACAAUGGUUGUUCAGAGCUUACUAACCCCGAGGCAGUGAUGGGGAAGAUCGCUCUGAUCCAGAGAGGCCAGUGCAUGUUUGCGGAAAAGGCACGCAACAUCCAGAACGCUGGAGCCAUCGGUGGCAUUGUUAUCGAUGACAAUGAGGGGAGCAGCAGUGACACUGCCCCUCUGUUCCAGAUGGCAGGGGACGGAAAGGACACAGAUGACAUCAGGAUCCCCAUGCUGUUCUUAUUCAGCAAAGAAGGAAGCAUCAUUCUGGAUGCCCUCCGGGAGUACGAGGCGGUGGAGGUGCUCCUUUCGGACAAAGCGAAAGACCGAGACCCUGACAUGGAAAGUGAAGAGCAGCCCUUCUCUGAAAGCGAUUCUCAGAACCAGAGCACCGAGCAGCUGGCGCUGGGCCCUCGGGAGGUGGGCUCGGUGGAUCAGGAGCCCCCUGGAGAGAGCUCCGCGAACGCACCCCCAGAAUCAGCACCUGCGGCAGCUGCAGACGAGGCCGCAGGUGUUUCUCCCCCUGAACAGAACUCUGAUCCCCUGGAACACCACGAACCUACAAGCCUUGAUGGUGAAUGUACAGAUUUAGAUAACCAGCUUCAGGAACAGUCAGAAACUGAGGAAGAUUCCAAUCCCAACGUUAGCUGGGGUAAAAAGGACCAGCCCAUAGACUCCAUAUUAGCAGACUGGAGUGAAGAUAUAGAAGCGUUUGAAAUGAUGGAGAAGGACGAACUAUGACUCACUGAGGAAUGGGGUGGUAGGCAUUUAAGAAGAGUAGGUAAACUGUGGUUGACAGACACCUCGUACCAAGCAGGCUCUCCAGUGGGAGGGAGGCUUCGAGUGUGGCGAUGAGCAACUGCGUCGUGAGCGGGAUGGCUGGUUAUCCCAGGGGCCUGGAGCUUGCUGUGUCAGCAUUGACCUGGUUUCAGACUGUCCUGUGAGAAAUGGAAACUCGCAGUCCCCUCGGGUGCCAGCACCCCAGGCUGGGAGAAGACCGCUGGGUGCGCCUGGGAACCAGGUUUCUGCAGGCUCUGGGGAGACAAGAAACAAAUUCAGUUAGUAGCGGCGUGGGGGACCGGGAUUUGUGUAGCGCCCCGAUUAAAGGAAACACAUGUGUGCUGUGGGCACUCUGGCCCGGCUGCCUUCACAGAAACACUCGAAGCGACCUAAGCGGUUAGGAGGCGGGUGUGUUGACGGUGAAAACACUCUUUGCUCAUCUCUUUCACUUGCUUCAUUGUACAACAAAUGAUGAAGAUGACUUGAUUUUUCCUCCCUCUUAACAAUGUCCUUUUCAUUUAAACCAAAGGUGAAGCCAUUGUGCUUUCUCAGUGAGUGCUCUGCAUAGUGACUAAUCAUUGGGACCAGGUAAAAAGGUCAUAUAAUAAUAUAUUGUGGAAAUUGGUUACUUAAUACUCCUGAAAAACGGAGCAAGGGAGAAACUGUAAUGUUGCAAUAUGAACUUGCCAUUGAGCCUUCCACCGGGAAAGCUGCGACUACUCUGAGAAGGAGCUUAAUGUUAUAUAUCCUUGUAGGGUAAGUGAUGAGUCCGUCCAGUCCAUUUCUCGUGCAGGUGGUCGCCUCCAGUCCUCAGCCUCACUCCCGCCCACGUUCAGUGCGCAGUUUGAGCCACACGGCCCGUGGAGCUGGUAGUAAAUGCAUUUGGUUCCAGUUUCAUUUUAGGAAGUUACGAUAAAACUGUGGUAGUCAUCUGAAAGCCUGGGGUAAUAUAUAUUUUUUCCUCUUUUGAAACUAUGAUUUCUAAAAUUGUACCUAAGGAAUCUGUCACAUUUUCUGUUGAAUCAUGGUUUUUAAGUUUGCUUUAAAAAAACAUAUUUCUUCUGAUGUGGACUUGAAAAUUAGUCUAUGGUAACCUGUGUAAAAAAUUUACACAGUAGCAACUAACAUAUAGCCAUAUUGUUUAAUUUUUUUUUUUGGUGGCAGUCUGGUGCUGGCCACAUUGAAGUUUUAAAUUUGUUGUUGAUGUCUGUAAACAGCCCUGUAGUUGAAAUAAUUGCUUUAUUCUGUUUAUUUAUUUUUAACGACUUACCUGAAUCAGUUCUAAAGGAGUAUUUGUGAGACUUCAUUUUAUCUCUCUUUGCCACGACAUUGCCUGGUGACUUUCUCCCAAAACAGCUGUGAGGCGCAGGUGGCCUGUGAAUGGGUGUGGAGCCGUUGAAGGGACAGCAGCGCUGUCUCGUAGUUCUGUAUAUUCGUGUACAGUGUGUCUUAGGUCCAGGUGAACGCACUCUUUUACAAGGGGCUGAAUAUCUGCUUUCAGAAACCCCAGCGAAACCUAACUGGGUCCGUGAACAAUAAAUCUCACACGGAAUUCACUUAGGCGGGGGAGGGGGUGGGCAGUGGGGAAAGAGUAACAGACAAGAACUUUAUUGGCCCUCAAUUAAACCCGACACCAGAAUGGAUAUUUUUAGUCACUGCAUGUGAAAUCUGGUGUAAGGGGAUAGAACUAUAAUACGUAGAGUACACAAAAGGGUAGACCCAGUGCUUUGUUCACCUUAAUUACAAAGCUGCCAACAUAGCCGAAGCCUCGUCACUUGCCUGGAUUUGUAGUGCUGGGGCUUGGAGAAAAGGGGCAAAUGUUCCUCUGAGAGACUGACUAGAGAAGCCUUAUGUGUAGUGAUUUGUUUCUGUUUGUAUCUCAGAGCCAUUGUUGUCUAAAUCUCAAUUAUCUAAAGUUGUCAAAACAAAGGCAUUUUUUUUUCCCCCAGCAAAGGUUUUGUGGCAUGUAAGGUAAAGCCAGCUUACUGCUGCUCUCCCUUCCUUUGGCCAUAAGGGGGAGCUGUUGCCAUUCAUUGAGGUCUAGAAGCAAAUUGCUCAUUUGUUUAGGAAAGCAAAUCCUUAAAAAAAAUUUUUUUUUUUAAAGGGAAGAAAAAAAUCAAUAAGUUAUAUUCAGCACCCAGAAGGAAUUAUACUGGAUUUUUUUCCCCAUUUAAGAAAAGAAGGUAUAAGGUUUGGCUUCAAAACUGCAACAUUGAGAUCGACUCUCCAUUUCUUAUUUGACAUAAUGCCAUUAAGUUGUUUCUGAGCUCAUUAAAAAAUUCCAAAGCACUAGGGCUUUUUUUACAUUUUUCUUUUUAAAAUACCACCUAUAGAGAUUUUAUUUACUUCCUAAACAUUCCGGGGGUUCUGUGAAACCCUGGAUUUUAGAAACAUCUGGUCUACCUCAGUUAAAUGUCGACUGCAUAGAAACAGAGCUGAAGUGAUCGCCACAGCCAUGGAAUUGUGGGGCUAAGAAGGGUCUACACAAUGUUUACAAGCCCAGAAUCAAGGGAGGGUUUUAUCCAGAAGUGAGACAUUAGAACAAGUAUUUAAUUCAGGUAUUUUCCAGUUUUAGCUUGUUUACUAACUAAAAAUAGCUGUAGUUUUCCUGCUUAUCGAAGUCCAUUGAAGUGAUAUACCCUAAUCAGCAGUACUUGUCCCGUAAAGUUUUAGGUGUGAAAGAGUUGUGAUUUACUAGGCAUGUUUGGGGUAGGAUAUUUUGUUGGGCAGGUUCUCUUUUUUCUUUUCAACUUUAAUAGGCUUCCAAUAAGAAUACAGUUGUUACAGCGAAACCAGCAUUUGUACUCUCAGCAAACCCCACGCCAAAUGCAGAACGCUCGGCAUAAGUGACUCAAACAGGGCUUAUAAUCUUGAGGUGUCGUGGGGGGAUUCAGCAAAUACUCCAGCCAGUCAUUUUGUGCACAAGGCUUCAGUCAGAACAUAGAAAAAAACAUUCUGUGAAUGAAACAUUGUAUGUUCAGAUUUUAUAAAAGACAUUUUUAAAAGCCCAAUUUACAGCCGUAUAUUUUCUUAUGAUGUAAUUUAUGAAAAAGAUGUCUGUACCAACAGGUGCUGUGACUCUGCUGUCGUCGGAUUUUACCGUUUGGUGAUAAAUGUAAACAAUAUUUCUAAGGGGAGCUGUGUACUGUGAUGUAAAAGUCUGGGCAAAAUGUAUAUAAUCCUUGUAUAUAAUUGUGUAUUUGAUUAUAAUUACUGAUUGUAAAGAUUUAAUAAAACAUGUAAAUAUU